AUAACCGUUUGCACAUAUAACUACGUACUUAUUUAUGUACAAGAAUCCAUAUAUUACUGCACAUACGAAGAAGAUCUGCCGAAAUUGUAUUGCUUAAAAGAAAAUCAUACAUGAUGAAUUCUGAAACACCUACGGGAACUAAAUCGGCCAACAAUAAGUUAACGCCAAGAAAGAAAGAGGUUGCAAGAACCUAUUUUAAAGCACGUGGAUUAUUUUCAGCAGAAACUGCCUCUUAUUAUAAGCCAAGAAGGAAUGCAAACGCUGCCAAUCAGCUUAAGAAGAAAUUCAAGAAAAUGACAAAUGCAAUAAAAUUUACUACUAAAGCACAGGCAUAUAACAAAACACCAAAAAGAGAAAGUGCCACAAAAAGUCGAGAUUUACACGAAACUAAUUUGGAUGCCCAACCAGCAAUGCAAAUUUCUAAUAACCUUGAAGACAUUAAUAACAAUGAAACCAUAAUGGAGAUUGGUGAUCAUCAAGAAGCCAUUGGUAAUGAAUCCUCUCAUAAAAAAUCUCGUCCGAUGCCAUCUACACCUGGAAAUUUAAAAGGUUGCAUUCGUUGUUGGGAGUGCAAUUAAUUUUUACCUUUGCUUAUUAAGACGAUUUAAGUAUAUAUAAGU